AUGAGAUUCACCGGUUUGCUCUUGCUACCCUUGUUGCGUAUCACUGCAGGCCAACUCAUUGGCCCCGUUGGUCCAACAACCGACCUUCAACAUAAAACAGUCGAAUGCAACAUUCUUGAUUAUGGCGCUGUAGCUGAUAACAAGACUGACAUAUCCACUGCACUGGAGACGGCUUUCUCGAACUGUGUUCGCAAAAAUCCGGGUGGCCGUCUAAUUGUACCCGAAGGAGAGUAUUUGAUCGAGCGAGGUGUGACUCUCAUCAAUGGCACCAAUUGGGCAUUGCAAUUGGAUGGGCUGAUCACAGCUGCAUAUGGCGGUGACUGGAAUAUUGCGCGUGAGUUGGUACUCCAAGGAUUUGCAGGCACAGAGAUUAUCAAUGCAACUAUCAACGGGGAGGGUGAUAAUAAGUUUUUAUUAGAUGUGCUCGUUAUUGUCAAUGCUGUGGAUUUCGAGUUCUAUUCUUCCAAUGGCAAAGGCGCGUUUCAAGGACAGGGUUAUCUCUACCGAAAUCUCAACAACACGGAUCGCCCGCGCUUGAUACGUUUGAUCUCUCCGACCAACGCCUCAGUCCAUGACUUGAUUCUAGUCGACAGCCCCAAGUUUCACAUUAUCUUGGACUUUGCUGUCAAUGUUGAAGCCUACCAUUUAACCAUCCGGGGAGCAAACCUGGGCAGUUAUGAUGGUAUUGAUGCCAUUGGAACGAAUUAUUGGAUACACGACAAUGAGGUUACCAAUCGUGACGAGUGUGUUUCGGUGAAAAGCCCUUCUCACCAUGCCUUGGUUGAGAACCUGGUGUGCAAUCAAGCAGGCUCUGGUAUAUCUAUUGGCAGUCUGAAUGUGUCUGCCGAAAUAUCCAACAUCGAAGCACGCAAUAUCAGCAUUAUCCAAGGUAACAACAUCGCUUUCAUCAAAACAUAUCCUGGUGGAUCAGGCUACGUUACAAACAUCACCUUUUCGAAUUUCCGCUCUUUGGGAAGUCUUUAUGGGUUGGAUAUCAACCAAUACUGGCAGAAUACCUUUGAGCCUGACACUGGUGCUGUUGCAUUGAGUAACUUGGUUUUCCGAAAUUUCUCUGGUAUGUCGUUGACAAAUGUUGGAUCUGGCGAUAUUCUUACAAAAUUAUCAGGCUCUGUUGCCAAUGGAGCACAACGCCCUCCCCUUUACCUCGUUGCGAAUGAUCUCACAUUUGCUACCAAUGUCACCGUCGAAGAUUUCACAGUGUGGACAGAAUCGGGUACUUCGGUUGUAAACAAGAUCAGCAACAUCUUUGGCACUGGGGAUGACAGCUAUGGGUCAAGUAAUGGUAUCAAGUCACUCGGUAAUGGAGAAUCACCUUCACCCUAUUCCAGCACCUACACUAUUGCAGCAUCCCCAACUGGCUGGAAGGCCCCCGCGACUCCUACUUGGGCUGUACCUAGUACGGGCUAUGGAACUGCAUCUCCCAUUCCGGUCUAUAGCCCAGCUCCUCUGUGGCGCCCAGGUGGUGUGGAUUAUGAUUUGCACUACUGGGGAAGCUUCUAA